AAGAAAAUUACAAUUAUUGCUUAACAAAAUGACUGCUCUAGAAAAUAGAAUGAUAUUGCUAGAAACAUCAAACAUUAUGCGGCAUAGGGAGGAAGAAACAGUCAACAAUACUAUAUUAUAUGAGGAGUAUGAUCUUCCAUUACAAAAUAUGCAAGCAUUAGAACGAUUAGAACAGCUAUUAAAAACUAGCUCAUUUGCAGAUAAAAUGGUAAACACGCUGAAACAAGUGGGUGGAGUGAAUUUGUCCAAUAUAAUCCCAAAUAUGUUAAAAAAGUUACUAAGCGACCAUUUUGCACAGACUUUCAGUUAUUUAGGACAACGAAACAAGAAAAAUUUUAGUGCUCUAAAAUUAUGCUCAAUUGUGAAGAGUGAGUAUUACAUGAAACUCAAACAAUCGAUUCUGCCAUAUUCAAAACAACAAAACAUAGACGAGACUAUCCUUAUUCACAAAUUGUUCUUAAAAUAUUUGAGUUAUAGAAUAGAGUAUUUCUAG